AUACAAUAUAUCCCGAUUAUUCCAUAUACAAUAUCUGUGUGGAGAAAAAGUGUGUUUAUAAAUUAAGGACCAUGAUAAGAAAACAACACUAUUCUAAAUGAAUGGUAAUCGGGUUGCCGCGAUGACGUCAUCGACGUGGUGCGUAAUGUGAGCGUAAGGUGGGCGUAAGGUGAACGUAAGGUGGGCGUAAUGUGAACGUAAGGUGGGCGUAAUGUGAACGUAAGGUGGGCGUAAUGUGAACGUAAGGUGGGCGUAAGGUGAGCGAAAUGCGGACAGACGGAAGUUUGACAACACUAACCAGCGCGGCAGAUGAAAUAUCCAUCAGUUUAUUUACAUCGUAGAUGUGGCGGCAACACGACAACAUGGAGUCGAGUGCGGACCGCGGACUAGAUGUGGAAUGUGUUGUUAAUCGGUGGAUAGUGGAUUAUUAUAUAUCUGUGGCGUUUGAGGCGUUCAGGAAUGAACAGGACAGUGAUUUCUGUGAGAUCAGAGACAUCCUUCAAUGUCAUCUGGUUCGGCCGUUGGAAGCCAACGACGCCACACCCAAGAAGAUUCGAGCAAUACAGUUCCUCACCAGGAUAAAUGACGGUGACAAACUCGACUUCUCGUUUGACUCUCAGGAGGACCUCACGCCACUGGAGUCUGCUCUGAGCGUAUUGGACAGCAUCCGCGACGAGUUGCCGGUUCCCCAGAAAGACUUGGAGAGAGUACAGAAGUCUGUCAGAGAAAUGCUGGUGAUUGUGUGCAUUAAGAACCAGGCCUUUGACAAAGCCAAGGAGGUUUUGAUGAAAUACUUCCCCAAAAGCAAGGUUGGAAAGAAAGCGAUCUUCCUGGGGCUGGUCAACAAGAGGAGCAGUGAUCAUUCAGUCCUGCAGCAGGUCACCUACCAGCAGUUUAAACAGGAGAUGCUGCAGUUCUGUCAGAGCCUGUUUCCCUUCUCUCAUCCUUUCCUGUCCAGGGCUGCCAGACAGCUGGUGGUGAAGAGACAGGAUGCAGAGGAAGGAGACUGUCCCUCAGACCCUCAGCCAGAGGACCACCUUUUAACAGCAACAGAGGAGAAGACAUCCAGACACAAACCCAGUCCUCCCAGUCCUCCCCCCGGUGGCGUCCUGCUGACCCGCAGCCAGCUGAUGGCCGUUUAUACAUCCCUGGCCGAGGAGCUGAGGGAGCCCAUGAUUGCCGAGCUGGAGGAGGAGGUGGAAAGGGAGGUGAUGGAGGAGAACGCAGCAAAAGGAGGUGCUGCUGUGGACCAAGAGGAACCUCUCCUGCACCUCUCUGAAAGCCCCAGGCAGGGCUCAGACGCUGUGUUGGAGCAGGACGUCCCCAGGUCCCAGAGAGAGUCCGACAGUCCAAUGGAGGCUUCCCCUGCUGACCUGGUUCCCCCUGUUGACCUGGUUCCCCCUGCUGACCUGGUUCCCCCUGCUGACCUGGCACCAGGCCCCCAGUGGAAGAGCCGAGGCUGGCCUCAUACCAUAGCCAGGCUGGUUAUGGAGCCAGACAGCCAGGAUUCUACGGCCUCUAGAGAAUCAGUAUCCAACGGGGAGGAGUCAGUCAGCCGGGGGCCCACUAAGCUCCACCUCCACCUACAGCCCACCAACACGGAAGUAUCGAAAACGACGAGCCGGCAAGAUAACCGAAGAGUAAGUCAGGAACAACAAGGACGUCCCUGCAUGUAGUACUGUGUUAAAGGAAGCACCUUUUAACUGUCUCUUUAACACAUUUCUAACGAGGGACGAGUUUGACGAAGGGAAGUGGAC